AGCCAAAUUUAGGCCUUCACGCCUUCGAAGCGACUCCCCACCGCUGAGCCUCUUUUCCUCAAUUCCUCACUCCGCCACUCCGGUCCAUUCCUUCGGCUAAGAAUACGAGAUAUAGCGGCCAAUCCAGAGAGCGAAGAAAAAGAAUAUAAAAAAACUAAAGAAGAAAACGGGAGCCGAGAAAGCGUACGACUUCCACUAGGUCUUCUCCCACUCCCUCCUUUCCGGGCCUCCAACUGACGAUAAAUAGACGCCCAACUCGAAGGGUUCUCCCUUGUCCUUGGAGUUGCUCUCAGUGUCUCUCUUGGGCUUGGUGUGAGUGUGUGAGAGAGGGAGAGAGAUGCCAGGAGGUAGAGAGAAUUCGACUGGUGAAAACGGGACGCGGGAGAGAUCUAUGGAGGAGGGAACCGCUGGGUUUCCAGGGGAAGAAGAGCGUUCUGUUCCAGGCCAUGGCUUGGGUCUCUCUUUUCCUUUCUUCCAAAAGAUCAUCGCCGAAGUGUUUGCGACCUACUUCUUGAUCUUCGCCGGCUGUGCCUCAGUGACAGUGAAUCUAAGCAAGGGCACCAUUACACUCCCUGGCGUAGGCAUUGUGUGGGGGCUGGUGGUCAUGGUUAUGAUCUACUCUGUCGGUCACAUCUCCGGAGGCCAUUUCAAUCCUGCCGUCACCAUUGCCUUCGCUACAUGUCGGAGGUUUCCAUGGAAGCAGGUGCCGGUAUACGUAGCAGCUCAAUUGCUGGGAGCGAUCCUUGCAAGUGGUACACUGCGGUUGCUGUUUGGAGGGAAACAUGAGCUCUUUCCAGGAACGAUUCCGACUGGUUCAGAUAUGCAGUCCCUGGUGCUUGAGUUCAUCACCACCUUCUACCUCAUGUUUGUGAUAUCCGGAGUAGCCACCGACAACAGAGCGAUUGGAGAACUGGCAGGAAUAGCAGUUGGAGCUACCAUCCUACUAAAUGUGAUUAUUGCCGGCCCUAUAUCGGGAGCAUCGAUGAACCCAGUGAGGAGUCUAGGCCCUGCAAUUGUGGCUAACCGGUACAAGAGCAUUUGGGUGUACAUAGUUGGGCCUACUUGUGGUGCGGUGGCAGGAGCAUGGGCGUACAACGUCAUCCGCUUCACCAACAAGCCCUUGCGCGAGAUCACCAAGAGUGGCUCAUUCCUUAAAAGCUUGGGCAGGAACGACUCCAACUAAGACGUAUAGCUCUAGGCAAAGAAAUAUUAUUGUAUCCAUUAGAUCCUCCUAUUAGUAUAUACGGAAAGAGACUCUUAGCAGUAGCGUGUGAUGCAAGUUGGUCCAUGGAAGGAGACUGUUUGAAACUAUAUGUUUUCUUCAAUCUGUCGCUUUCUAUGAAUAGAUCUCUGGUUGAAUGUGGAACAAUUCUCAUAUUCCUUGCAAGCCACAUUACUAUGAGGUGUGAUUGUGAGAGAAUAUUUCUAAAUGUCAUGUAGAAUGCUACUGGCUAUUAAGAAGACCAUCUGUAUGGAUAUAGGUCGGUUUGAAGGU